GACUGCAGACAGUGGUUAGUCUUGAAACACGCGUCGCAGCCAAACGUACAAAUCAAUAAUCAAAAAUAAGUGCAUUUUUUUUAACAAAAGUUUUCUGUGAAAGUAAAAAAAAAUAACGUCGAAAUUCAAAAUGUUGAAAUUUAUUUUGGUUGCUUGUCUCUUAGUACAAAUCGCCGUUGCGGCACCAGCUACUCAAGCGGAAGCUGAGGAGAGGGCCGAAUUGGAACGCAUCCAAAAUGAGAGCGCACAGUAUUCUUAUGGUUCAAAUAUCGAGGAUAACAUAAACGAUGGUGCUAUUCAACGCGAAGAGACACGUGAUGGUACUAAGGUCAAGGGCAUGUACUCGUACCGCGACGGUUUUGUUAUGCGUACCGUAUACUAUGAAGCCGAUGAAAAUGGUUACCGUGUCGUCAAGGAAGAUACACAAGAGAUCGGCGAUGGACCACAGUUCGAUGAGAAUGGUGAGGCUACCGUUGAGGGUUCGUUGAUACCCAAAUACUCCAUUCGUUUGGACACAUCCGACAACGAGAAGCACUACAAGGAUGCGCGAACCCGUUAAAUCGAAUGCUUAGCAUUUAAGUUAAGAAAACAGACUGAAACAAAAAAAAAACAAAAUUAUGCUAAUAUUUCUUGCUUUGUUACAUAAAACAACAUGUGUUUUUUUUAUUAAUUACUACAACUUGAAUUUAAUGUGAUUUCGUCACAGCAAAGUUGGAAAUAAAAACGAAAUGAAAAUUA